AUAUUUGCUUUGUUUUAAGGUUGUAGACAAGUACAAAUUGAUAAUGAAAGUACAAGAUAUGGAUGGUCAGUUUUUUGGAUUGGUGGGCACAUCGACUUGUCUGAUAACAGUAGCAGAUUCAAAUGACAAUUCACCUGUUUUCAAACAAAGUACUUAUGAAGCAUCAGUAGAGGAAAAUACAUACAACAUGGAAAUCUUACGACUGCCUGUAGAAGAUAAGGAUUUAGUGAACAGUGCCAAUUGGAGAGCCAAUUUUACUAUUUUGAAGGGCAAUGAAAACGGGCAUUUCAAAAUCACCACAGACAAAGAAACUAACGAAGGCGUUCUGUGUGUUGUAAAGGUACAGUCAUAACAGAUAAUGGACAAC